AUGGAUCGAAUCUUUCUUGGUCGGGAGGUUCCCUCGAUCCUCUGCCGCCCUGCUCUGGUGCUUGGUCUUGUACUUGUGAUUCUAUGUUUACUGUUGGCGCGCGGAAUCUACAAUGUUUACUUUCAUCCGUUGCGCGCUUACCCCGGCCCGAGACUGUGGGCAGCCACGCACCUUGUUUGGACAUACUACCGAGUCACAGGCCAAUUGGUAUGGAAAAGCAUUGAGCUACAUGAGAAAUAUGGAAGUGUCGUACGAGUAGCCCCGAACCAUCUUUCCUAUACCACAGAGACAGCGUGGAAAACCAUAUACGGCCGGCGAGCAGUGGAAAUGGAGAAGAAUUGCCAGGCUGGUUUCAGUAGACCUCCUAUCAAGGACGCACAUGCGAUUCUAAGCGCUGACAAGUCCAACCACGCAAGGCUGCGACGAAUCCUAGCGCCCGCGUUGUCAGAAAAAGCCAUCAGGGAGAAUGAUGGCAUCGUACUCAAGUACGUGAAUCUUCUGGUAGAUCGUCUGCGGGCUCGGUGUGGCCAGAGUUUCCUAGAUCUCAACAAGUACUUUGAAUGUACUACACUAGACCUGAUUGCAGAUCUGAUCUGCGGCCAGCCGGACGGAUGCCUGCGGAAGGAAGACGGCGGAGUGUGGCUGGAUAUCCUCAGGAAUGUCAUUCAAUCUCAAGUUUGGAUGCAAGCGCUGGAAACGUACGGGUUGGCGCGGUGGAGUUCGUACUUGCUACCCAAGGCUCGCGCGAAUGCCACUAUUGAGAAUGGCAAAAUCAUCGGUGCGAAAAUACAAACACGAAUGACAAAUCAGCCUCACCAUCGAGAUAUGAUGAGUUACAUACUGAGUGAGAAAAAUGCCAUGUCACCGUUGGAGAUGCGCCUCAAUGCCGCCACAAUCAUCGGUGCCGGAACAGGCACGACGGCCACUUGGUUGUCCACUACGUUCCAUUCCUUGACUAUGAAUCGCGACGCGUACCAGUGCCUUGCGAAGGAAGUGCGCUCUGCGUUCGCUUCUGAUGUCGACAUCACGUCCGAUCGGGUCGCUCAACUUCCGUAUCUGAACGCAGUCCUCCAGGAGUCACUGCGCAUUCACAGCCCAUCACCCUCAGCCACCGGUCGAUUCGUGCCAUCCGGAGGUGAGGUGAUUGAUGGACGAUUCGUACCCGAAGGUACCACUGUCGGCGUGCAUCAGCAUGCGGCCUAUCAUUGCCGGUCAAAUUUCCACCGUUCAAAUGAAUUUUGUCCGGAGCGGUGGCUGCCACAGGCACGAGAGAGCAAAUCGCCGUUCGCCAAAGACCAACUAGGGGUCGUCAACCCUUUCAGCUAUGGACCCCGAACGUGCUUGGGUAUCCGUUUGACGACAGCCGAGACGCGAUUAAUUCUGGCGAAGCUCUUCUGGCAUUUCGAUUUUGAGAUUUCGCCUCUUUCCCUGGACUGGAAGGACUCACAAAAGGGCACAGUAUCAUGGCAUCGAACUCCACUGCUGUGUCGCAUCAAGCAGCGGUAG